AUGGCCAUUUUCUCAGUGAUUAGAUAUCAUGGGCCCCUUCCCUAUAGCAGUCAGGCAGCUGAAGUUCCUGGUGGUCGGCAUCGACUACUUCACAAAAUGAGUGGAAGCCGAAGCCGAAGCCUUAGCCGCUAUCAUGGAAAAGAAUAUUUGGAGUUUUGUUUGGAAGAACAUCAUUUGCAGGGACUUCUGUUUGGAGCUAGGAAUCAAGAACCAUUACUCGUCGCCCGCCCACCCCCAAGCCAACGGAUAGGUAGAGGUUAUGAAACGAUCCUUGCUCAAGAUCGCAUCUGGCCGGAGGAACUUCCGAGCGUUUUAUGGGCUUAUCAGACAACAGCAAGAACACCUACCGGGGAGACACCGUUCCUACUAGCGUACGGGAGUGAAGUAGUCAUCCCAGCCAAAGUUGGAUUCACAAGCUACAAGGUAGACAAUCAUGACGAACGGAAGAAUGACGAGACCAUGCGCUUGCAGCUAGACUUACUAGAUGAAGUCAGGGCUACAGCUGAACAGAGAUUGGCACGGUACCAGAACCUCAUGGCCAAGCACUACAAUUCCAGAGUUAGGCACAAGGACUUUCAGGUUGGAGAUCUCAUCCUAAUGAAAGUAAUGGGCGCUAGCAAAGAUCCUACUUAA